AUGUUGGCAAGACGCUUGACAACCUCAAGGCUUUUUCUCACCCACACCACACGAUCGACUUAUCAGGGCUUGCGACAGCUCCAUGUAGCUCGACCACUCUUUUGCCGUACACAGCAACAAUCGAUUGCAGACACUAAACCAAGCGAAGGUAUGAAUCCUUUGUCAUUGGCCUUGACAUUACCUAACGUCAAUGAAGAUAUUGCCACCACGCUUAGUGAGCUUGAUCACCGUGCGAUCGGCAAGGCACAGUCGCUCUUUAUGAUCCAUCCAUGUAGCCCUGGUUCGAUAUUUAUGCUUCCACAUGGUACCAGGGUGGUGCGCAAGUUGCAGGAUUAUCUCAGGGAUGAAUAUACUCGCUAUGGAUACCAAGAAGUGAUGACGCCAAUCAUUUACAAGAAGGAUCUAUGGGAAACAAGUGGGCAUUGGCAAAACUACAAAGAUGACAUGUUUCUGGUACACAGUGGACGUGAACAACCAGCCGAGGAUCACGAUCAUGAAGAUGAUGACACUGGUUAUGGUCUCAAGCCAAUGAAUUGCCCUGGUCAUUGCUUGAUCUUCGACAGCACACAGCAUUCGUAUCGAGAUUUGCCUAUUCGCUUGGCUGAUUUCAGUCCUCUUCACAGGAAUGAAGCUUCGGGUGCGCUAUCAGGCUUAACACGUGUGAGACGAUUUCAUCAAGAUGAUGCACACAUUUUCUGUACCGAGAACCAGAUUGCCUCCGAGAUUGCAUCCUGCUUGUCAUUUGUUGAUCGAGUCUACAAAGCAUUCAAGUUUCCACAUUAUGAAUUGACCUUGUCAACACGACCCGAAAGCAACUACAUGGGAAGUUUGGAGGAAUGGAACAAUGCAGAGGCUGCUCUCAAGCAAGCCUUGGAUGGUAGUGGACGUACAUGGUCUAUCAAGGAAGGUGAUGGUGCUUUCUAUGGCCCCAAGAUCGAUAUCAUGGUGAAGGAUUCAAGUGGAAGAUCGCAUCAAACGGCUACGAUUCAACUUGAUUUCCAGCUUCCUCAGCGUUUUGGUCUCAAGUACACCGAUGAACAAGAUCGUACACGUACACCUGUCAUUGUACAUCGUGCCAUCCUUGGCUCUGUGGAACGCAUGUUGGCUAUCCUUAUUGAACAUACCGGUGGAAAGUGGCCAUUCUGGCUUAGCCCACGUCAAGGCAUUGUCAUUCCCGUUGCCACUCAAUUUGCAGACUACGCCACCAAAGUUGCCAACUCACUUUCGCUCGGUGAAGGACAAGCAGUACACGCACAACAGCAAUAUUACGUUGAUGUUGAUACUUCCCCACGUGAUCGCCUCAACAAGAUGAUUCGUCAAGCUCAACAACAACGCUACAAUUUUAUCUUUGUCGUCGGCCAAAAAGAAAUGGAUGCUGGUACCGUCAAUGUGCGGACACGUGAUGGCAAGAUUCUUGGAACAAUGCCUAUAGACCAAGUGAGAUCCAUGUUUGCAGAAUUGACCGAGAAACUUGAAUAA